UAAAGUCCCUGCCCGUGCGAGUCAGAGCAGUCAGAGUGUACUGCUAUUUUAUCUGUCAUCUUACCUGUCACUGCUCAAGCCCUGUAUACGAUAAGCUGCCUGCCUGCCUGCUGUUGUUGUGCUCUCUGCAUGCUACCUUAUAUACACCUGCGAGCAGAUUCAGAUCAUGAUUUUACAAGGAAACAGCAUUAUGAAUAUUAACCAUUGCACCAACCUGCUUGUUCACCAACCAACCUGGAAUAACCCAUACCCUUCUUGCGAUACUGCAGGGUAUAUUGAGGGCCAGUGGCACGACAUUCAUCCUCAAUAUUGGAGCAAGUUUCAGGUGUGGGAAUGGCUACAGCAACUAAUAGACACCAACCAACUGGACGCAAACUGUAUCCCUUUCAGUGAUUUUGACAUCUCCGGUGAGCAUCUGUGCAACAUGACCCUGCAGGACUUUACACAGGCAACGGGCUCAGUCGGACACAUCCUGUACAACAACCUACAGAAUCUCAAGUGGAAUGGUCAGUGUGGAAGCCAGAUGCUACAGUCAUUCAACGUUGUCAUAAAAACUGAACAAACAGAGCCUUCAUCGAUGCCACCAUGGAAGAAUGAAGGGUAUUUUUAUGACAACAGCUAUGAUGAUAUGUACGAGAGUAAAACAUUCUGCCGGAAUCAGCAUUCUCUGCCUUCCCCCAGCCCUUACACCAUGGUCUAUACAGAACCCGAUGGGAAAAAGGCUCAUGAACAUCCUCAGAAACCCAGCACCAAGAAGCACAAUCCCCGUGGCACGCACUUAUGGGAGUUUAUCCGCGACAUCUUACUAACACCAGAGAAGAACCCUGGCUUGAUAAAGUGGGAAGAUCGUUCAGAGGGAGUAUUCCGCUUCUUAAAAUCAGAGGCGGUGGCUCAACUCUGGGGGAAAAAGAAAAACAACAGCAGCAUGACGUAUGAAAAACUGAGUCGCGCCAUGAGGUACUACUACAAGCGGGAGAUCCUGGAGCGGGUGGAUGGGAGACGGCUGGUGUACAAGUUUGGGCGGAACGCCCGUGGGUGGAAGGAGAAUGAAGUCUGAAGCCCUGCCUGAUACCUUGGAUUCAAAGACUACUUUAUUUAUGUUAAAACCAAAAAAUAUGAAGAGUUUGAAGAAGGAACUCAGGAGCCGGUGUCAACGAUUCUUCUUUUGUCUGAAGGAAGAGAUACACACACAACAUUCUGUGAAAUGAGGCAUUAUGGGACAUUGGGAUGAGGAUAGGUGUUGAAAGGACUUUGAUAUGGAUGAGUUGAGAUAGAACCCAUGACAAGGAGGCUGAGGUGAUGAGGACAGUAAUCCUACCUCCAGCUGAGAUGGAUUGUGCUUGUGUAUAUAUGAACCCCACUGCAGCUUCCUGUAAUGCAGUAUGAUUACCAGCCUGAUGGGGGACAUUCAUCUUAAAGCGACAGCAACUGCCCUUCAUUCAAGUCCUUCAGAUGCCUGGCAGGGGUAGUAAUUCCACAACCAAGAAUAUAGUAUAUAGUAUAAGAAUAAUGUUUUUAAAAAUGUUUUAUUAAGCAAAUUAUUUUCAAGCAUUUUAAUGUGAGUUCUGUAAAGUCUAUCUAAGAAGUUAUCCAGGCUCCCUUUCUGUUUAUUUUGCUUACAGUUGAAGUAGGAAAGCUCUAGUAAAGUCCUACCAUGGUGUGAUAAUUUUUUUGAAAGAGAUAGAAAUGGUCAUUGAGUUCAGUUGGCAGGGCCAGACAUAAUAAAAUAUAGCAAGAU